UUCUUCUUCUUCUUCUUGUUAUUCUGCAAAAUUUCUGAAGAUGCAUUGCCCCCUUGAUUGGGCUUAUUUUGGUAAGUUGAUCAUAUUGCGUAUUAGAGCAGAGAAUUAAGUCGUGGAAUCCUUGCUCACAAUAUGGAACAAGGCAUCAAAAAGAAUCUUUUGAUAAAAGAGACAAGUUGCUGCAGCAGCAGCAGCAGCAGUGUUGACAAACGUGAAGAUGAAGAUUUGGGUGUCAAGUACAAGAUAUGGAAUGAAUCCAAGAAGAUGUGGGUGGUGGCUGGACCUGCUAUAUUCACCAGAUUCUCAACUUUUGGAACAAGUGUCAUCAGUCUAGCCUUUAUUGGCCACAUCGGCUCUACUGAAUUAGCUGCAUUUUCUCUUGUAUUCACAGUAUUCGUCAGGUUCAACAAUGGUAUCUUGCUGGGCAUGGCUAGUGCGCUGGAAACUCUUUGUGGUCAAUCAUAUGGUGCAAAACAAUACCACAUGCUUGGAGUAUAUCUUCAAAGAUCAUGGAUAGUAUUGUCUGUGAGCGCAUUGUUCCUUGUUCCUAUUUGUUUCUUUGUAACCCCAAUUCUGGAGGCUUUAGGCCAAGAAAAGAGCAUUGCACAAGUCGCAGGAUAUAUUUCUCUCUGGACAAUCCCUGUGAUUUUCGCAUUUUUUGUAUCCUUUACGUGCCAAAUGUUUUUGCAAUCCCAGUGCAAAAAUAUGAUCAUUGUUUACUUGUCAGCAUUUGCUCUUGCAGUCCAUAUCCUCCUUUCAUGGAUUUUAACUGUGAGAUUUAAAUUUGGGAUACCUGGUGCAAUGCUGUCAACAAUUGUAGCAUUUUGGAUACCAAAUUUUGGUCAGCUUUUAUUUAUUACAUGUGGAGGAUGUCCAGAAACGUGGAAAGGUUUCUCCACCUUAGCUUUCAAAGAUCUCUGGGAUAUUAUCAAACUUUCUCUGUCUUCCGGUGUUAUGCUUUGUCUCGAGCUUUGGUACAACACAAUCUUGAUUCUUUUGACGGGACACAUGGAAAAUGCUGAGGUUUCUAUUGAUGCUCUAGCAAUUUGCCUCAACAUCAAUGGGUGGGAAAUGAUGAUAUCCCUGGGCUUCUUAGCUGCUGCAAGUGUACGAGUGUCAAAUGAACUUGGAAGAGGUAGCUCAGAAGGGGCAAAGUUCUCAAUCGUGGUUAUAGUGAUCACAUCAUUUGCCAUUGGUUUUGUGCUUUUCUUGUUCUUCCUGUUCUUGAGGGAGCGUCUUGCCUACAUUUUCACUGACAAUGAAGAGGUAGCUGAAGCCUUCGCCGAUUUGUCACCUCUAUUGGCUUUCUCCAUAUUGCUGAACAGUGUUCAACCUGUGCUCUCUGGAGUUGCUGUUGGUGCUGGACGGCAGAAAAUUGUAGCAUAUGUCAAUAUAGCAUGCUACUACUUGAUAGGGAUUCCUGUAGGAGUUGUGCUUGGUUAUGUUGUAAACCUACAAGUCAAAGGUGUUUGGAUUGGAAUGUUGUUUGGGACAUUUGUGCAGACUAUUGUACUAGUCAUAUUUACCUACAAAACUGAUUGGGAUAAACAGGUAUCCAUAGCUCGUAAUCGUGUUAACAACUGGGUGGUAACUGACAAUCCGGAAUCGAGCCCUGACACAUAAAAAUGUCCGGCUGUUAGUCUGGCGUAGUGGCGUGCUUCCUUCCUUUUUUUUUUUUUUCUUUUGCAUUGUUCGUUGAAUGACAUGCAAACUUAGAUUACUAUUUCACACACCAAAUAAUCUGGAAAGCAUAGCAUCAUUUCAUUGGUUCAUAGAAUGUUUCCAGAGAUAGACGUGAGAAUAAGAGAGUAAUUGAGAGAGUAACGUGAUGUUAUUAUUCUUCUCACAUGGAGUUAUAUAUAAACCACGGUUUUUUUUUUUUUUUUUUUGAGUUGAAUGGUGUUAGACUUUAUUGAUAACUAAUAAACAGAUUAAGUAUAGGAAAAGAUAUUAUACCAGAAUGA